AUGUUCGUGACAGACGCAGUUGACAAAUUUGCCGAGGUCUGGCUGGACGUUGUAAUGAGUUCUUCAAAGGAUGGUAACGAAGACGAUGCGUUUAUGAGUCUGCUAACCGAUGUGAGAAUCACCUCGAGGUCGUCGUCUUCAGGCGUGCUUUCAUCGAAUGCGACUGUUUUUUUGAAAUCUGAUAAAAGAGCAGAUGCCCAACCCGAGUUCCGCUUGAGCGAGUUCAGAAGCAGCCGCAAGUUGUUGAGGUUGAUAUCGACAGCUUUGAUAUUUCGAGUGUUUUCGAGCACCAGGGACAGUUUCUCCACAAAUAUAGCCAGUUCAUCAGAAAGAAUGGGGGAAGAUAGGGGUUUGAUCAUAUUGAUCAGAUUUGUCUGGUUCAAUUCCUGGACCAGAUCUUUCAACCCGGACAAGUUAUCCGAGGACUCGAUGUUGUUGACGUUGAAGUAG